AUGGAUCAACAAGAGCAUGGACAGUCCGGAGCCAUAAACUACGGCUCAAACCCAUACCAAACCAACCCCAUGACAACCACUGUAGCCGGGAGCGUGGGACCAGCAGCAGCACCACCAGGCCAGCUAGCAUUCCACCAGAUCCAUCAGCAGCAGCAGCAACAACAGCUGACUCAACAGCUUCAAGUCUUUUGGGAGAACCAAUUCAAAGAGAUUGAGAAAACAACCGAUUUCAAGAACCACAGCCUUCCCCUUGCGAGAAUCAAGAAAAUCAUGAAAGCUGACGAGGAUGUGCGUAUGAUCUCUGCUGAGGCCCCUGUUGUGUUUGCAAGGGCCUGCGAGAUGUUCAUCUUGGAGCUGACACUCAGGUCGUGGAACCACACGGAGGAGAAUAAGAGACGGACGCUGCAGAAGAAUGAUAUAGCAGCUGCUGUGACUAGAACUGAUAUCUUUGAUUUUCUUGUGGAUAUUGUUCCUAGGGAGGAUCUUAGGGAUGAGGUCUUAGGAAGAGGGACUGUUCCUGAGGCUGCUGCUGCUGCUGGUUAUCCGUAUGGAUACUUGCCUCCGGGAACUGGACCGGUAGGGAACCCGGGAAUGGUUAUGGGUAACCCGGGUGGUGCCUACCCGCCUAAUCCUUAUAUUGGUCAACCUAUCUGGCAGCAACAGGGACCUGACCAGCCUGACCCGGAGAAUUAGCUUUGGCAAAGAAACUGUUGUAGUCUCAGUCCAAGUGGAAUUAAGAAAGGAGGAGACUUAACAUAUCAAAAUCAGUGUUUGUUAAUUAUGUCCCAUUCGGUACUUUCUUCAAGGAGAAACUUUUAGUGCUGAACCAGAAGAAUGUAUAACUGUUGACUCUGUAAGGACGAAUAAGUGUGGUUGACAUGUUUUUCAUUUAUUUGAAUGUUAUUGUCUCUCAUCUUUAUUCGUGUC